GAUUCAGGCCUCAGUGAGCGGCCGUGUCUGGGCAGGGCUAGGGACCAACAGCCAUCCCCGGGGAUCCAGACAGACAUUAGACAGCAGGCCUGUGCCCUUGGCUCUUCCACCAUGGCCAACGUCAUUCUGAGGCACCUCAUAGACUCCCCCGUGCGCUACCAGGAGGAGUUCGAAGCCCGAGGGCUGGAAGCCUGCAGGCUGGACCACGCUCUCUAUGCGCUGCCUGGGCCAGCCAUCGUGGACCUGCGACAAGCCCGGGCGGCCUCGGGGACCGAGCGGCCGCAGCAGGAAGGUCAAUGCCGCUUUCAGAUUCUGCUGGACGUGGUGCAGUUCCUCCCCGAGGACAUCAUCAUUCAGACCUUCGAGGGCUGGCUGCUGAUUAAGGCGCAGCACGGAGCCCGCAUGGAUGAGCACGGUUUUGUCUCCAGAAGCUUCACCCGGCAGUACAAGCUGCCGGACGGCGUGGAAACCGGCGAUCUGUCGGCGGUCCUCUGCCACGAUGGGAUUCUGGUGGUGCAGGAGAAGCAUCUGGCCGCCAAGGGCGCAGAAAGCCUCCAGGUGCUGUGCUCACCGCACCAGGAAGCUUAGAAGACCGCGGGAUGCUGGCCUGGCCCACGGGUGAAAUGAUUCACCGCGAUUUCAGUGCGGGUUAAAAAGUAGGUGGACGUUGUCUUUAUUUGCGCUCAGAAAGGAGCCGUUGUUCAAUACUGUGCCUUGCAGCUCAGAGGCGCCCUGCUCUUACCACGGAACAUGACAAGUUAGCAGUCGGUCUGAGUUUAUACGUUAGAAGACUCCAUUCUUUUUCCAUUACGCCAACCGUGCCAGUGGGCCUGCAUUUGUUAAUAAUCAACUGCAAAAGAACUGUCCUGACGUAAGCAAUUGUUAUCGCUCUUAUAAACACCGUGUGGCAGAAAAGAUGGUGCCUUGCUUCACUCCAUAGCGUUUUCUUUUCCACGUAGUUUUGUUACUUUGGGCAUUGUAAUACAGCGUCUAACGGUGAACAUUCAGUUUCUGGAAAUCUGAGUAUGAAGUCUAAUUAUGGUUCAUCAGAGUUGCCUACUAUUUCAGGUAGAAGUUUCAGAUAGAAAAUCUUUAAAAAAAAAACAACCAAAAAACUAACUAAACAUUUACUUCAUUCUGUUUUCUUUCUUCCUUCCUUCCUUCUUUCUUUCUUUCUUUCUUUCCUUCCUUUCUUUUUCUAGCUAAGCCCAAUCCUAAACGAAAUGAUUUCUUUUAAUGGUCUGUGAAUACUUUUGAAAUGUUGAUAUGUAUUAACUUGCAGCCUUUUACAUAAAUAAGGAGAUGAGGAAACCACUCUAACAAGUAUAAUUGCUGAACUCAGAGAGUGUUCAUCUCUGGUAUCUGGAUACUACUUACAUUUUCAGAUUUCAGAAGAUGGCAAAAUGCAGUGCAUCUGUUGUCGCUGUAUCAGCCUUAGCUUUAAAUAGCCUGGCAGCCUGCGGGUGCCUAAAUUUACACAGCGCGCCUGGGUUUAUACAGCACAGCUGAUGAGUCUGCGGUGCUUCUCCCCGACUGCAAUGGCAUGGAUUGGGACUUUGGUCAAGUUUAAGUAUUUGCUUUAGGGGUUUUGCCUUUGUCAGCUGGUCUAUGACAUUCCCAAGAUUUGCACUGUCAUUCUGCACAUACUACACAUUUCUUCAGAGGUCGUACCAGUAGCUGCUUCCCCCUUAGCCCUCAUCCAACGUGAGCUGGCAAUAAACCCGAGGACAGUGCUGUGAACAGGGGAGGAAGGCUGGCUGUGGACCCCACCGGGCCCAAGGCAGACCACUGACAACAUCGCUGCACUCCUUGCGAUGGCUCACCUUGUACUUUAUCAAAUUAAAACCUGAAGGACACCAUGUAGUAGAACAGAUCAUCUAAAUAAAAUAGCGCUGAAAAUAAUUUCAAAACCAAAUGUGAUCAGAAAGAGCUGUCUGAUUGCCGUGUAAUUGCGUUGAAAGGAUUCUGAAGGAAAAUGUUACCAUGGGGUUCAUUCUUGGAUGGCAUCCCUGGGUGGGGCAAACCUUAAUGGCCUUUGAAGGGUUGGAAGUUCAAGGCCAUCCAGAGGUGCCUGGCAAGAAAGACCUAGCAACCGAUCACUGAAAACCACACGGUAUGUCCUUCUCCUCGGACACGCCCAGGAUCACCAUGAGCGGAAAUCCAUGUUGACUCCCUAAGGAUCCUCACUAAGGAUGGUGCAUCCCACCCGCUCUGGGAUCAGAAAUGUGGCUUGACAAAGUGAUGAUCACUGAUUGGUUUUUGCUACAUGACAAAGUUCAUAAUAAUGAACAAGACUAAUGAACAAGAUUGGAACUGUGAGAUCAUGUGUGACUCAUGAGAUGAUUUUUCUUUCCCACUGUUUGACAGAAUAACAUGAAACUAACUAGUGCUCUGAGAACCAAGACAACUUUCAUUUGACCUUGAAUGUACUCUAGGUGUGACCCUGCUUCUGCAGAAAUUUCAGAAAUAGAAAUUGUUACCAUAAGGAGCUGCUUAGUUGUAUAUAUUUCCUUUAAAAGUUAAAAUUAAAAUUAUGCACCUCUGAUUAGGAUUUGUCUCUUCAAGGCAAAUUUUAAGUCACACAUAGUUAUUGUGUUGGCUUGAAGAAUAGCCCUCACCCAUCUGGACCCCUUGCUGUCGAGUCAUUUCUGAUGCCCAGCGACCCUCUACAGGGUUCCAGGGUCUCGAAUUGUCGUUGGAGCGUAUAACCUCUUCUUGGUGGGUUUGCGGAUUACCUUGCAGGGUAGGAAAUAAAAAGCAGUUAUUAUGCUUCUACCACCAUGAGGUAGCUACUUUUAAAUAUCUAAAGUAGCUAAAACGUCUCUUCUAUAUAAACAUAUGCAUUAUUUUUCAUACACCCGAGUUCCUAUUUGCAUGAUGAAGUAGCAGGGCAGUAAAAAGAGGAAGACCCUUAAUGAGAUAAAUUGACACCGUGGCAGCCUCAAUGGCUGAAACAGAAGAUCCACUGUGAGCAUGGUACAGGACCGGGCAGUGUUUAGAUCUGUAGUACACGGGGUCUCUCGGAGUCAGAAAGGAUUCGAUGGCAUCAACAUUGACCUGGAGUUGGUCUACUGGUUGUGCUGUUUCUUGUCCUUCCUCCUCUCACCCACCCCAAUUCCCUCUCUGCCCCUCUUUCCUCAAGCAGGCUGACAUGUAUGGACUGCAUCUGUCUGGUUCCCCAUUGGGGUCAGUGAAUGGAAUGCACUGGUUGCAGCCCAGAGACAGAGCCUGAAGAUGGGUGGACUGGGUACUUCUUCCUCAUCUCCCAGCCUUGGCAGACAGGGCCUCUGUCAGGGACGGCCUUCUUCCAGGACCUUAGCUCUGGAGAGCAGGCUGCUCCUCUGUGACAGCCCACUCCCUGGGCUCCAGCAUGGAGACAGCCCUUUGCCUGGGGCAGGAGAGCGGUAAUGGCUUUCUGCUCUCUGGGCCCUGGUACCGGACCAGCUCUUACAAUGCCCAUUCUUCAGCAAACAGUCCCUUCAUUAAAGUCCUUUGAACUGA